GCUCACGCAUUUCUCAGCACUUGCACAAACCAGUAUUAACCUAAGCUGCCCACAUUUGCAUUAAAUUGAAUGUAUAACCACCCCCAGCUUCAGAACUGACAGUUCUUAAGGGAAAAAAAAACAGUUUCUUGUCUGUUCUUCAGUAAUCAUCCUUUUGUCAUUCAGAAUUUCCCCAUUUUUCUUGUUAGAAAACAUGAGCCAUCCUAGCUAUCUACUAGAAGAUUUGCUCUAACAACUCCAGAAAAACAAUGUUGUGACUUUGUUAGUCUCUUCAAGGGACAAGGGUUUAUGGGUGGGUGAACAGGUGAGCAGCCAGGUUGAUCUCCACUUCUUUAAUACCCUCUACUCCUUCCUCCCCCCUGAAUCUCUCUGAUUCUUUCUUGCUGACAAACACAAUCCAUCAAAGAAAAAACAAACAUUUCAUCAGAGAGAGAGAAUCUACUAGCCUACUACUAUACAAAGUUGGGGGGAAAGGGAGAGAUUUUUGUUCAUAGUUUGGGAACAAAGUUUAGUUCUUUUCUUGGGGGAGUCUCCAGGCGAAUGUUGCAGCGGCCAAGGUAGGAAUGAAGAGGAGGAUGAGAGGAGGAGGAGGUGCAGCCAUGGCCGUGGCCACUGGAGCUGUGAUGCUGUUCUUGGCAGCUACUCUCUCUGGGGUUAGUGCCAACACAGACUCAGAUGAUGUGAAUGCUCUCAAUGUCUUGUACACAAGCAUGAAUUCUCCAUCCCAGCUGACGAAUUGGGUGUCACAAAAUGGAGACCCCUGUGGACAGUCCUGGCUUGGGAUCACUUGCUCGGGUUCCAGGGUGACAGCAAUAAAAUUAUCCGGCAUGGGGAUCAACGGGACUUUGGGCUACAACAUGAAUCUACUGACUUCACUAGUUGAACUUGAUACGAGCAAGAAUAAUCUUGGAGGCAGUGACAUUCCUUAUAACCUUCCUCCAAAUCUUGAGAGAUUAAACCUUGCAGAAAACAACUUCACCGGAAGCAUACCAUACUCUAUAUCGCAAAUGAUUGCACUUAGAAUUUUAAAUCUUGGACAUAAUCAUCUUGCAACCACCAAUGAUAUGUUCAACCAGCUAACUAACCUAACAACAUUGGACCUUUCAUACAAUACACUUUCGGGUAAUAUUCCACAAAGCUUCAAUUCCUUGACAAAUUUGAGAAAACUUAAUCUGCAGAACAACGGAUUCAAUGGCACAAUAGAUGUCCUUGCUGAUCUUCCGCUUACUGACUUAAAUGUUGCAAAUAACCAAUUCACCGGAUGGAUACCUGAUAAGCUAAAGAAAAUAAAGAAUCUCCAGACAAAUGGAAACUCGUUUGGAAGUGGUCCUUCACCACCACCUCCACCAUAUCAAUCUCCACCUUAUAAAUCUCCUCCAUACAAAUCUCCACAAUCUCGACAACCUGCUCCUCCAACUACUACUGUUAACAAUAAUCCGUCUGAUGAUGGUCGCAAACACUCUAAACUAAGUGGUGGUGCCAUAGCCGGAAUUGUAGUAUGUUUGGUAGUUGUGGGUGCAAUAGUUGCCUUCUUUGUGAUCAAGAAGAAAUAUUGGUCAUUGCCACGAGGAGGAGAUCCUGAACAGAAGGAACCUCUCAGCCCUAUUGUUUCAGGAUUUAAAGACAGUCUUAAACAGAUGAAGUCAAUCAAGAUCAUCUCAACAAUUGGCAAGGAAGAAUUACAGAAAACUGUUUCAAUGAAUUUAAAACCUCCAACAAGAAUUGACUUGCACAAGUCCAUUGAUGAAAAUGAUGUCACCAGCAAGUCUUUCACAAGGAAAAUAAGUUUUAGUUCCAUCAGAACACCUGCAUACACUGUGGCAGACCUACAGGUGGCAACAGGCAGCUUCUGUGCUGACAAUUUAAUUGGAGAGGGGUUAUUCGGUCGUGUUUACAAGGCGAAAUUCAAUGACCACAAGGUCCUGGCUGUGAAGAAAAUCAAUUUCUCUGCAUUCCCGGGCCAUCCUUCAGAUUUGUUCAUUGAGUUAGUUGCAAAUAUUUCAAGGUUAAAUCAUCCAAGCCUUUCUGAGUUAGUUGGCUACUGUUCAGAGCAUGGGCAGUGCUUACUGGCAUAUGAGUUCUACCGAAAUGGUUCUCUUAAAGACUUGCUUCAUCUAGUGGAUGAUCAAAGCCAACCGUUGUCUUGGAAUAGCCGUGUGAAGAUUGCCCUUGGAUCUGCGAGGGCAUUAGAAUAUCUACAUGAAACUUGUUCACCUUCCGUGAUACACAAGAAUUUCAAGUCAUCCAAUAUUUUUCUGGAUAACGAGCUAAAUCCCCAUCUUUCAGAUUCUGGGUUUGCUGACCUUAUUCCUAACCGGGAAUCUCAGGUGUCAGAUGAGGACUCAGGAUACAGGGCCCCUGAGGUGACCAUGUCUGGCCAGUACUCCGUGAAGAGUGACGUGUACAGCUUCGGUGUUGUCAUGCUAGAGCUCCUGACUGGCCGGAAACCUUUUGACAGAUCCCGGCCACGGUCGGAGCAGUCACUGGUCGGGUGGGCAACUCCCCAGCUGCACGACAUCGACGCUUUGGACCAGAUGGUCGACCCUGCACUCCAGGGGCUGUACCCUUCGAAAUCGCUCUCCCGCUUCGCUGACGCGAUCGCGCUCUGCGUUCAGUCCGAACCGGAGUUCAGGCCGCCGAUGUCGGAGGUCGUCCAGUUGCUGGUCCGCCUUGUGCAGAGAGCCAACAUGACGAGGAUGUGCGGCGCCGACGGUCACUCAUGGCGGCGCGACGGCGAAUCCCGGGACCAAGAUCUUGGGCGUUCUCUGAAACCCUCGCGGAAAGCAUCGAGGCAUGUUGUUCCGUGCAGGGCGCGCUCGUUUACGCAGUGUUCCCUAGGGGGUGGUUCUGCGGACCAGGAGAUUGUGAUUGCACUGGGCAGCAAUGUGGGGGAUAGAAUCAGUACGUUUGACAGGGCAUUGCGUAUGAUGAAGAACUCGGGUGUAAAUAUCACCAGGCAUGCCUGCUUGUAUGAGACUUCCCCGGCUUAUGUGACUGAUCAGCCGCGGUUCCUGAACUCUGCUGUUAGGGGCACAACCAAGCUGGAACCUCAUGAAUUGCUCAAGAAGCUAAAGGAAAUUGAGAAGGAUAUAGGGCGCACUGACGGGAUAAGGUAUGGUCCCAGACCGAUCGAUCUGGACAUUCUUCUAUAUGGCAAAUCACAUAUUAGUACUGAGAAUCUAACUGUGCCACAUGAACGCAUCCAUGAGAGGCCGUUCGUUUUAGCACCUCUUGUUGACCUUCUAGGCUCAUCCACUGAUGAUAACGUGGAAAAAAGUUGGCAUUCUCUUGCAAAGUGCACUGGUGGGUUCUUUGAAUCAUGGGAUAAACUUGGAGGUGAAUCUAUAAUUGGAACAGAAGGAAUUAAAAGGGUAUUGCCAGUCGGAAAUCGUCUGUUGGAUUGGUCUGAGAGGACUCUUGUCAUGGGGGUGCUUAAUUUGACACCAGACAGCUUCAGUGAUGGUGGUAAGUUUCAGGAAGUGGAAGCUGCCAUUGCUCAGACCAAGUUAUUAAUAUCAGAAGGUGCAGACAUCAUUGAUAUUGGUGCUCAAUCCACUAGGCCCCUUGCAAGAAGAUUAUCUGCAGACGAAGAGCUUGAGAGGUUGGUUCCUGUUCUAGAUGCGAUCACAGGAAUUCCUGAGAUGGAAGGCAAGCUGCUCUCAGUGGAUACAUUCUAUGCAGAAGUCGCUGCUGAAGCUGUGAAAAGAGGAGUACACAUUGUUAAUGAUGUAUCUGGUGGACAGAUUGACCCAAGAAUUCUUGAAGUUGUAGCUGAACUUGGAGUUCCAUAUGUGACUAUGCAUAUGAGAGGAGAUCCAUCUACUAUGCAAAGUGAACAGAAUCUACUAUACGGUGAUGUUUGUAAAGAAGUUGCUUCUGAGCUAUAUAAAAGGGUGAGACAAGCAGAGUUGUCUGGGAUUCCUUUGUGGAGGAUAGUUCUUGAUCCUGGUAUUGGAUUCUCCAAGAAUUCCAAACAUAACCUUGAAGUUAUCAUGGGUUUGGAAUCUAUUAGAACAGAGAUAGGUAAAAUGAGUUUAGGUGCUUCACAUGUGCCAAUUUUACUUGGACCCUCAAGGAAAAGAUUUUUAGGUGAAAUAUGCAAUCGUGUCAAUCCCACUGAGAGAGAUGCUGCUACCAUGGUCGUUGCUACUGCUGGGAUAUUGAAUGGUGCUAAUAUAGUAAGGGUGCAUAAUGUUAAAUAUGGCGUGGAUACUGCAAAGGUCUCUGAUGCAUUGAGCAAAGGCAGAAGAUGAUUAUACCACCUUCGGAAAAUAGAUCAUACUCCAGUUUUGUACUAGAAAAUAAUGAUCAAUAAUAGUAACUCGGCCAUAAUGUUGGCUUCUCAGAUAAUACCAUAGGGCGAGUAUCAUCAUAGAAAGCAUGUGCACACAACUGUUAUGUGAGCUUGAGAUGGAAUUUUUCUUUUUGUCACAUCAUUUCAAUAAUCUUCUGAGGUAACGGUUAUACAGAUCUCUAGAGUUUUGACCUUUCAGGAUUCACAAAUUUUCUACAGGUCUGAUUUGUUUGGAACUUUGGGCCAUAACUUGAAGUUAUUCUCCAUGUAUUUUAGAUCUGCUUGCCUGCUAUGGAACUUCUCCAUGUAUACAGAUCCCUAAAGUUUUGACCUUUCAGGAUUCAAAUUUUCUACAGGUCUGAUUUGUUGGGAACUUUGGAUCAUAACUUGAAGUUAUUCCAGCUUGCCUGCUAUGGAACUUCUCCCUGUAAUUCCUUUUAUAUAAGACGGACCGUCAAACGUUAGACACAGAAAUACACAAAUGCACUUAAAAUGGGACGGAGGGAAUAGCUUUUUACACAUGAUGAUGUUUAUCAUGCUAGGUUUAUACGGUAGUCUUCUCUUCUUUUUAUCUUCCAAUGGAAAUCGGUAGCUUCAUUAUAAUCUUUUUUUUAUUCUUCCUUCUGUCUGAAAGGGAAUUUUGUAUCUACAAUUUAUUUUACUAGAAAAUCUCUCAUAGAAUAUUUAGAAGCAGUUAUAGUAUCAUAUAAUAUAAUUACAUUAUAGUACAAUAUAAGUUGGAUUUAAUUAUGUUGUCACAAGCAAAAAGUUCUGUAGCGCAAUGGUGAACGGCUGCAUACAAUACCAGGAACCACGACAUUGAGAGUUCUGUUGCCUGUUCAUCUAUCGAAGCAACAUCUGCUUUGGUAUGGUUAUGAUCGCAAGAAUGGAGUCCAUUCUCUCUGCCCUGCUAUUUGGUCAAAACAUCGGAAAUGGUUGAUGAUGUCAAUGGUUUGCCUCAAUCCAGUAGCUUGUGAUUACAGCAAGUGGUUUUCUUCCAUUAUUUGGUGGGUUGCUUCAAGCUCAUGGGAAAUACCCAGGAGAAACUAGAGUCAGCUUCUCUUGCAAGGUUAGCAUGCUCCCUAUUUAUCUUUUUCUCAUAAAUUAGUUAAUUGUGAUAUCUGAAAAAUUGUGAGCUGCUCCCGCAAAGCUACCGUGCCCCUGCUUUUUCUUAGAAAAAAAAUUCUAAUGCAGUGUGGAGUAACGGUAUGAUUUAAGCAAUGACUACUUUUAAACUUCACAUCAUUGUUAAUCGGCUUCUGAUCAGAAAUAUGUUAUGUUUAUUGAUAGUAUCACAACCUUUUGGUUGGAACACUCUGCACGCUCCGAUGUUUCUCAUUGUUUAUGAGUUCAUUUCAUGAAUUAGGAAGUGUGCACACUUGCUUUCACAAACAUGGCUGUUUUCUGUUAUUUGUGUUAUUAGUUAUUACUAUGACAACUUCUAUAUGAUCAGUGUACCUUUAUCUUUUCUUUUUACUGCAUAACCAGCACUGAUCUGUUUUAGCUCUUCUCCUGUGUUCGUUCUAUAUUGGUAAAGUGGUCUUUCACCUGUGGUAACGUUUUUUUUUCCCUUAAAGAAUAAGCAAGGCACCAAGUUCACUCCUAUGUUUCAAUGGCCUGAUAAGUCUCUGUCAUUUGGAGUUACUCAAGCCUUAGCAUGGAAAAGAGCUGGUCUCAUGGUGAGGCCCAGUGUGCAAGUCAGGUAGUUUACUUAGAACACUCAAGCAAUUCCAAUCACUUCUUUUUGUACCAUAAUUUAGCACUUUUGAGCCGUUGAACAGAAAACAAACGGUAAUUACUUUGCAUUUUCUUUACAUUUUUAGCCUUGGUAUCAUGCUAAAGGCAUGCAUCUAUUUCGGAUGAAACUGUCAGAAUGCAAGUGCCGGAUGAUUAAGCUGGUCAUAACCGGAAUGGUUGUUCCAUGAUAUCGAUUCAGGUUUCUGAGGACAUUACUUGUUGCUAGUUAUUGCAUUUUUCUAUCAUAAAGACUACAUUCGUUCAAUUCCAUAAAAUUGCAUGUAACAGCUUUUUGGGAACAUGUUCGGUUGGUCAUACUUUCCGCAUUUCCUCUUGUUUGGUUCUACAUUGUGUUUUAUCUUAUGUCACUUUGUUGACUGUAGUCAAAAGAUUUCUUUUUUUUUUUUUUGUGUGUGUGUUAUCGCAAACAAAUGACCCAGAACUGGAUGAUGGUUCGUUGAUGUAUUCCUAAUGCUGAGUCUUAACAUUGCAAGUGGCCAAGUGCCGCAUGAACCUUUUGCAUUUUGCCAAAGGGGAGUGAUAUACCCCCCCCCCAAAAAAAAAAAAAAAACUUCCAUGCUGAGUUAGAUGGUUAUCACAUUCUUUUCUCUCCGUAUUGGCAUUCGCUCGGCUUCUCUUCAUUAGAGCAGGUUCAAUAGUAUAGCCAACUACUAGCUCUAAUUCAUCUACAGCCAAUCUAAUAGGUCAUUUAUACAAUAGUUACAUAUUACACUAUUAAUACCUGGUCCCACCUGUCAUACACACACCGUGUCUUGGAGUCCGUGCUACAGCUGGCUACAAAUCUUUUGCCUGCUACUAUUCUCUCUCCCCAUUUAUCUCCUUAAAACAUAUUUGUAGCUGGUUUAUAGCCUGCUAUUGUACCUGCUCUAAUGUGAGCAAUUUAUAGUGAAGUUUUUUUUUUUUUUUUGGUUCUGAUGUGCAACAGCGGUCAAGGAUGAACUGUCAUAAUUGCAUUGUGAUGUGGAUCAGGCUUAAAGCAAGGAAUGUCCCAACAAACUAAUUUGACAUUUGGAGCAGCUGAACUUGAAAGCCGAGCAGGGAAAUUCAGAUGGAUUUUGCCAUUUCGGCAACACGAGGAAGACAAAUCCUUUUGACUGUUCUCUGAAUGAACUGUCACAGUGGAUAAGCCUUUCUGUACUCAGUCGUCUGUAAAUGUAAAAGAGCUGCAACAAUCUUCUGAAACAUCAUUGAACCUGUGUUAAUUUGAUUUAAUGAUGACCCAAACUCCUCUUCA